AUGUAUGCCGAUCCUUUCGAUGACUAUGGCUACGACGAAUACGAUGACUCAAGUGAUAGGUAUGGCGACAAUCGUAGCUAUGACAGUGACUAUGCCUGCGGAGUGAGGAGACCGGAAUAUACAAAAUCCUACGAUGAGGACGAUUCCUGUUGCUUCGAACAUACCAUUCACUGUCGCGAGCUCCUUGCAGAGCUUAACAACCAGCGUCAGACCAGGGAUUUUUUUGAUGUAGUGGUAAAGGUACAAGGCAGGAGGUUCCGUUGCCACCGGGCCGUGCUGGCAUCUACACCGUUCUUCAAAGCCAUGUUGUCCUCCCAUCUCGCCGAGAGAAAAUCAAAAGUUAUAGAAGUGCGAGAGAUUGACUCCACCAGCUUCUCCAAGAUCCUGGACUUCCUGUACACUGGGAAAAUCUGCAUCGGUAAAGACGACGUCCAGGACAUUCUGCAAGCGGCACACAUGCUGCAGAUUGAAAAGAUCACCCAGUACUGCCAAGAGUUCGUCAAAGACAACCUUUGUCUGUCAAACUGUAUUGGUGUCAUGCGCCUUGCGGACAUGUAUGGGUUUUCUGACCUUACUGAAAAGGCCAGGGACCAGGCAUUGUCUCACUUCUCAAAGAUAGGGAAAAAUGAAGAAUUUCUGUCUCUUUCGGUGGAGGAGCUUUUGGACUUACUCACAGACGAAGACCUACAUGUUACCAAUGAAGAAGAUGUUGUUGAUUCGGUGAUAAGAUGGCUCGACCACGAUCCCGAAAGCCGCAGGACAGCGAUAGUCACCAUCUUUCAAGAGAUUCGCUUACUGUCCGUGCGAGUCAGUGCGCUACUGAAACUAGAGUCGCAUCCUGUUGUACAGAAUUCGCCUGAAUGUCUGGCAAAGAUCACAGCAGCUAAGGCGAAACACCUCGCCAAGGCAGAGGCAGAGGCAGAUGAGGCUGAAGUUAACCCAAGGCUUGGUACAUCAGACGAUCUGGCAAUUCUUGUUGGUGGCUGGAAAGCAGACGAGGUCAUGAGGGGUGAUGAGGAAUUAUUACCCUUGCAAAGUGUGAUUUGUCUGGAUCGAGCCAGUGAACAAUGCUACAACGUCACCGACCUGCCAACUGCCGCUUUCGGCUACAUGAGUGUGGCAAGAGCUGAACGACACCUGUACGUUACAGGUGGGCGCGACCACCCUUUGGUCGGCGAGCAGGGUCCUCACAGUGCGCCAUCCAGACAGGCCUUUCGGUACGACUUCCAAACAGACACUUGGACGAGGUUACCCGACAUGCCUCGCGGAAGGGCAGGGCAUCAGUCGGCCGUCGUUGAUGGUAAAGUGUUCCUGGUUGGGGGUGACACUGACGACACGCCUGCAUUCAGCAUGGACUGCUACGAUCUUCAAGAAGAAGCUUGGAUAAACCCACCCACACUGCCAGAAAUAAACCCUUCAUCGGACCUAACUGUAACAGCGUGUGGAAGUAAUCUUGUGGCCGUUGAGCUUUUUGAUAACCCAGAGGAAGGUCACAGGUAUGAUGAGCAGAGGAAACUCCGUGUUCACCGGUUUGACGUGAAAACCGCACAUUGGCUGUUCUCCGAAGUUCCUAAAAGUACUAUCGGGUGGUACUGCAGAGAUCUUGAACUUCUUAGUGACAACAAGGAAGAUGAGACAGCGUCGACGUCAUCGGGCUGA